AUGGGCGCGAAACAAUCAUCUCAGGACGACGCCGGUCGAGAAAACCUCGACGCGCUGAAGGAAGAAAUCGAACGAUUGCGAAAAGCUUUAUCCGAGGAAGAAGAGAGGAAGAAGAAGACCAGAGAAGAAGACAAAAAGACGAGCAAAACGACGAGCGCUCCUAUUCAGGUCGACGAUCGAGAGUUGGAGAAACGCUUGCUGUUACAAACGCAGAGCGAUGGCGAAGUCGAUUCCGCGUCGUUCGCCUCGCAACACGAAGUCGAUCCGAAACGCAUCGUUGGCAUCAUCAAAUCUUUAGCCGCAUCGAACGUGGUCGUCUUCUCGGAAACAGACAAGAAUACGCUGAAUUUAACGGAAGAGGCGAUGAGUUUUAUCGAAAAUGGGAGUCCAGAAGCGAGAGCGUUCGAUUUCGUGAAGAGUAAAGGCAAGAACGGCGUCUCUUUACCGGAGUUUAAGAAGCUGGAGAAGACGAUAUCGGAGGUUGGGUUUAAGCAAGCGAUGCAGCAAAAAUGGUUGGCGAUGGAUAAAGCGACGAAUUCAGUCGUCGCGAAAGUGGAGGAGAUUACGGAUACGUGUCGAACGUAUUUGAGGAUGAUUAAAGAGGGGAAGAAAGAGGAAGUGCCUGCGAAAGAGUUGGACGCGUUGAUAAAGAAGAGAAAGUUGGCAAAGGUGGAGACGUGGAAGGAAUACGCGGUGAAACGAGGGCCGGAGUUCGCGUUGGAGAGGAAAAAGUUGGAACACGAUUUGACGAAGGAGAUGCUGGCGAACGGGGCGUGGAAGACGGCGACGUUUAAAGAGUACACUUUAGUCCCUGGAGCUGGGAACAUCCCAGCGAGUGGUCACGUUCACCCGUUGUUGAAAGUGAGAAGGGCGUUUCGCGAGAUUUUCUUACAGCUCGGGUUUAGCGAGAUGCCGACGAACAACUUCGUCGAGUCUGGGUUUUGGAACUUUGAUACGUUGAUUCAACCUCAACAGCAUCCAGCGAGAGAUGCGCACGAUACGUUUUUCAUGAAGACGCCGGCUAAGGCGAACUUUGCGCCGGAAGAAUACGUCGAGAAAGUGAAGAAAAUGCACGAAGUCGGCGGUCACGGAUCGGUUGGUCAUAACUACGCGUGGAAGAGAGAAGAAGCGGAUAAGAACAUUUUGAGAACGCAUACCACGGCAGUAUCGGCGAGAAUGUUGCACAAAUUAGCAGAGGAUGGGUUUAAGCCGUGUAAACUGUUUAGCAUUGAUCGCGUGUUCAGGAACGAAGCGGUGGACCGAACGCACUUGGCGGAGUUUCACCAAGUGGAAGGGGUUGUCUGCGAUAAAGGAUUGACUUUAGGAGAUUUGAUUGGGGUGAUUAGGCAGUUUUUCGCGCAGUUGGGAAUGACGCAAGUGAGGUUUAAACCCGCGUUUAAUCCGUACACGGAGCCGAGUAUGGAGAUUUUCGCGUUUCACCCGAUGUUGGGCAAGUGGGUCGAAGUCGGAAACUCAGGAAUGUUCAGACCGGAAAUGUUGUUGCCGAUGGGUUUGCCAGAAGAUGUCAGCGUAAUCGCGUGGGGUUUAAGUUUAGAACGACCGACGAUGAUCAUGUUCGGAAUUGACAACAUUCGCGAUUUAUUCGGGAGCAAGAUGCAGUUGCAAUCGGUCAAGAAUAACCAGUUGUGUCCGCUCGGCUUGGAAAAGUAA